AUGGAUUCAAACACUUCAAAUAACCUCAACAAACGUUUUUGGGAUAUGAUUGAAGAAGAAAUUAUGGACAACACAAAUGAAGAACUACUAUUGUCAAUGCUAGAAAAGGAACGUCAAUUUGGAAGUUCCGCUAGGCCAAAAAGAAGAUCAGUGAUUCAUCGGAGUUGGGAAGAGGGGCAUAUACGAUUAUUCAGUGACUACUUCUAA